AUAUAAAACAAAAUACUUCCAGCCACGUUAAAUAGCUCUGGGACUUGUGUCUUUGAGUUGCGUUGACCGCGAAAUAACAUAGCUGAAGUAAUAGAAAGUACCCAAAAUGUUGUUAAAAUUCUUCGUUAUUGCGUUAAUAUGUGCUUCGUGUAUUGCAAAGGAGGAAGAUGUUCUAGAAUUUUCCGACGAUGAUUUCGAUUCAAGACUAGCCGAACAUGAAACUGCCCUGGUCAUGUUUUACGCACCAUGGUGUGGACAUUGCAAAAGACUAAAACCGGAAUACGCAAAGGCGGCUGAGGAACUUAUACGAAACGACCCUCCUGUAGCACUCGUGAAAAUUGAUUGCACUGAGGCUGGAAAAGACACUUGCACCAAGAACAGUGUCAGUGGGUACCCAACAUUGAAAAUCUUCCGGAAUGGAGAGUUCUCGCAAGAAUACAAUGGACCUAGGGAUGCAAAUGGUAUUGUCAAGUAUAUGAAAGCACAAGUCGGUCCAAGCUCCAAAGAACUAUCAAGUGUGAGCGACUUAGACCAAUUGCUAGCGAAGGAAAAGGAACCCGUUGUGGUGGGAUUCUUUGAAAAGGAAACAGACCUCAAAGGUGUAUUUUUAAAAGUUGCUGAUAAAUUGAGAGAAAAAGUAAAGUUCGCACAUACAUCGUACAAAGAACUUGUUGAAAAAUAUGGUGUCAAAGAUGGCGUUGUCCUAUUCCGUCCGAGCCAUUUGAAAAAUAAAUUUGAGGAUGACAGUGUUGCGUAUAAAGGAAAAGCAGAGUCAAGUGAUUUGAAUGAUUUUAUUAGCAAAAAUUUCUAUGGCUUAGUCGGGGUCCGGGUCUCUGGAAAUCAAAGGGAGUUUAAAAGUCCCUUGGUUGUUGCCUACUAUGACGUAGACUACGUGAAAAAUCCAAAGGGCACCAACUACUGGCGCAACAGAGUGCUUAAGGUCGCAAAACAAUUUAAUGGCAAAGUAACGUUCGCCAUCAGUCCGAAGGACGACUUUACUCACGAACUAAACGAAUUUGGUAUAGAUUUCGUCAAGGGCGACAAACCCCAAGUCGCUGGUAGGGAUGCCAAGGAAAGAAAGUUCGUCCUCAAGGACGAAUUCUCGGUCGAAAAUUUGGAAAAGUUCGUCAAAGAUUUGCUGGGCGGCAAGUUGGAACCCUACAUCAAAUCGGAACCGAUCCCGGAGAGUAACGACGCCCCCGUUAAAGUGGCGGUCGCCAAAAACUUCGACGAACUCGUGGUGAAUAACGACAAGGACACCCUUAUCGAAUUUUACGCCCCCUGGUGCGGACAUUGCAAAAAAUUGGCCCCCGCUUAUGACGAGCUCGCGGAAAAGCUCAAAGAAGAAAACGUGGUGAUCGCCAAGAUGGACGCCACAGCGAAUGACGUUUCCUCACCGUUCGAAGUUCACGGCUUCCCAACCAUUUACUGGGCCCCCAAGGGAUCCAAAGAUAGUCCCGUCAAAUAUGAGGGUGGCCGCGAGGUGGAUGAUUUUAUCAAAUAUAUAGCUAAGGAGGCAACGGACGAAUUGAAAGGUUACGAUAGGAAGGGCAAUCCCAAGAAAUCCGAUAAGACUGAACUUUAACUUGUACGUAAUAUUUAUAACGAGCAAAGUGUUUUUUAGGAGUUUUAAACGGUGUGCGCCACGUGAGUGAAAUAUUUGUACUUCACAAUAGAAUUCCCCGAUUUAUUUUUGUAUGCAGUUGUGCGCCUUAAAUUUGUUUCUAUUUCUCCGAACUAUUGUGAAGUUUUUAUAUCAAAGUGUAUUAAAAGAGAAUUUAGGUUGUUAUUUAAGUUGAUAUUAUUACAAAAGACAAGUUCGCAGUUCACAUGGCUAAAAACGGUGGGGUUGAAAAUUAAAUGUGAUUCUUUUUUUCAAAUAAAUUAAUUGUACCA